GGAAACCUUUUGUGCAACAUGCCAAAGUACAUAUGAUGAAAAGAUUUAUACAUUUGUAGUUUAUACAUACAUUUUCAAAUGCUUAUUUUCUCAGCAUUAGUUUAGUUGAUGUAGUAAAAUACUAUUUUCUUCCACUGUUUUCUAAUGUUGACUUUGGAAAAAUAGUAUAGAUUAGAUUUCGGCUGCUGUAUGACAUUUUCAUGUUUAUUUGUGAUAGAAUAUGUUUCUCUUAUAUGUUUACAGUCAUAUUUUCUUGGAAUGUGGAUUUUGAAAUCCAAAAUGUCCAAUUGUAGUGUCUCUUUAAAACUUAAAAAUAAAAAUAUACCAUAUGUCAUUGUAAUAAACAACUUUUAUUAAGACUUUACUGGUUCAGUUUGCCAUUUAAUGCCAUUUAAUAUUUUCAUUAUUAUCCAUUAAAAUGCUCCUCAGACACUUUAGCAAUAUGCUCUUGUGUCACAACGCUGACACAUAUUUUCCACAGAAUGUAUUUUUACUUGAACUGUGGAAAAGUAGAACUGCUUCAUGUACAAAUGCAAAUGUUCUCUGUUUUUCUUUUUCACACAGAUUUCAAUCUAAAUAAAUAAGGAAGAGGUUGAAAAAUAAAAGAGGCAAAUUCAUAAAGUCAUAUAGCUGUUUUUCUCAUACUUAUUCAGUCUUAUUUGUCUUUCCAAAAUUUUACACUAAAUUGAUUUGUCUUUUUUUGGAUAGACUAAAGUUAAUAACACAAUUUUAAGAUUUAAUUUGUCAAAAUAAUAUCAGAGUAUAACGAAAACUUCACCAUGACCAUUUUAAACUCCACAACUCCAACUCUUGGUGGUGGAGGCAGCGGCGGCAGCGGCUGCCCACCAGUGGAUUUUAAACUGGAGGGUACGAUCAUGUUACCAGUCCUCGCCGUCAUACUGGGGCUGCUGGGAAACAUAGUUGCUCUGUGGAUCUUUUGCUUUAAACUGAAGGCCUGGAACCCCAACAACCGGUUCCUCUUCAACCUGGUUAUCGCCGACUUCCUGGUUCUCGCAAGUCUUCCUCUCAGGAUCGAUGACUUUCUCAGAGGCCACUGGGUGUUUGGUGAUGGCUUGUGCAGGAUUAGCCUCUUCCUGAUAUUUUCCAACCGCUCGGCCAGCAUCGCACACAUGACUGUGGUGGCAAUUUAUCGCUACUUUAAGGUGGUCCACCCUCACCACUGGUUCAGCCAUAUGACUAAGAGACAGGCUGUGUACAUGUUAGUGUUUGUCUGGUUGUUGGUCAUCAGUCCUCGGGUUCCCAUUCUGGCUAACAACUUCAUCGAGGUCCGCGGCAACAGCAGCCAGUGCUUAUUUUUCACUUGUUCUUCACUCACCACCCUGGUCACCACGCACCGCAUCCUGGCAGCGCUGGAGUUCAUCAUCCCGCUGGCCAUGCUGCUGUUCUGCUCCAUCCGGAUUUCCAGCUUCCUGAGGCACCGGCAGAUGGGAAAAGCUGACAAGGUGCGCAAGGCGAUGAGGGUGUGCAACGCCAUCGUCGCCAUGUUCAUAGUGUGCUUCUUACCGACCACGGUGACGACCAUCGGGGUGUGGGUCAUCCGCUCGUAUCACCCACGGGAUUGUGCCACACUCUACACUUUCAUCCAGCUCACCAUUGUGUCUUUGUGGCUGAACUUUCUGAAUUCAGCUCUGGACCCCAUCUUAUACAUCUUCUCCAGCUCCAUGUUUAAGAAGGCACUCUGCAGCUCGCUUCCCCGUUUCCUGCACUGUGGUCAGGACGCAGGCAACGCUGAGACGACUGCAUCCUCAACUGAAAGUCAGUCAGUCAUACAGAUGGCACUGAAAUCCAUGAGGGCUGACAGAGGGAAUGAAGCCAUGUAAUAAGCCUUUCUUCCAAGACAAUGACUGGAUUAUGCAGGACUAGUAUUUUGCACUGACUUGUCUGCUUGUUUUACAUGUUUUAUCAGCUUUUUUUAUGCUGUUGAAGCUUUGUUGUACAUCUGUGAACUUUGUAAACACAUUAGCUUUUCAGUUAUCAUCAUUUAUUAAAUCCAAACUCAGUUAUACUUGUAAAUAUACUUCAAACUUCUGUGAUUGAACAAAUUACAGAUGGGUGUUUUAAUUAUAUCAAUUUAUUGAACCUUUAAAACUUUGAAUUGCCUUCAAAAAAGUUGAAGCUAUAUGAUGUGACACCAGUUUUUAAUUUAUUUCUGCAGCAUUCCAUCAAAUGGAAAUAUUAUACUUUACAGAUGUUGCUCAUUUCAAUUGAUAUGUUUACCGCAGUAAAUCCACAGCGGCAGUGAAUGAGGGUGAAAUAAUAUAUCCAAGAGUUGCUGCAGUGUGCACCAACCACCACCAGGUGGCACAUGCAGUCUAGAUGCAGUCUGUCUGUCUCUCUGUAGGGUAGUCAAUACAAAAUGGCGACCAUGCUCGGCAAGCAGACGCAAUGGGGGAACAGAAAAAC